AUGAGAGCUCAGGAGGAUCCCAGGAGCCCAACACAGCAUGAGUCUCUGGGUUCAGCAGAGACUUCCACCAGGGACCAGCAGACACCCUUGACCAUGGAGCCCAAGUUUGACAUGUUGUACAAGAUUGAGGAUGUGCCACCAUGGUACCUGUGCAUCCUGCUGGGCUUCCAGCACUACCUGACGUGCUUCAGCGGCACUAUCGCCGUGCCCUUCCUCCUGGCUGAGGCGCUGUGUGUGGGCCGCGACCAGCACAUGGUCAGUCAGCUCAUCGGCACCAUCUUCACCUGUGUGGGCAUCACCACGCUCAUCCAGACUACAGUGGGCAUCCGGCUGCCACUGUUUCAGGCCAGCGCCUUUGCGUUUCUGGUUCCGGCCAAGGCUAUCCUGGCCUUGGAGAGGUGGAAGUGUCCCCCAGAAGAGGAGAUCUAUGGUAACUGGAGUAUGCCCCUGAAUACCUCACACAUCUGGCACCCUCGGAUUCGAGAGGUCCAGGGUGCAAUCAUGGUGUCCAGCAUGGUGGAAGUGGUGAUUGGGCUCAUGGGGCUGCCUGGGGCCCUGCUCAGCUACAUUGGGCCUCUCACGGUCACCCCCACUGUCUCCCUCAUUGGUCUCUCUGUUUUCCAAGCUGCUGGUGACCGCGCUGGCUCCCACUGGGGCAUUUCAGCUUGCUCCAUUCUACUGAUCGUCCUGUUCUCCCAGUACCUACGCAACCUCACCUUCCUGCUGCCCAUCUACCGAUGGGGCAAGGGUCUCACCCUCUUCCGCAUCCAGAUCUUUAAGAUGUUUCCGAUCGUCCUGGCCAUCAUGACCGUGUGGCUGCUGUGCUACGUGCUGACCCUGACGGAUGUGCUACCUGCAGAUCCCACAGCCUAUGGCUUCCAGGCACGAACGGAUGCCCGAGGGGACAUCAUGGCUCUCUCACCCUGGAUCCGCAUCCCCUACCCAUGUCAGUGGGGCCUACCCACAGUGACGGUGGCCGCAGUUCUGGGAAUGUUCAGUGCCACGCUGGCGGGCAUCAUCGAGUCCAUUGGUGAUUACUAUGCUUGUGCCCGGCUGGCUGGUGCACCGCCCCCUCCAGUACAUGCUAUCAACAGGGGAAUUUUCACUGAAGGCAUCUGCUGCAUUAUCGCUGGGCUACUGGGCACAGGCAACGGGUCCACCUCAUCCAGCCCCAACAUUGGGGUCCUAGGGAUAACUAAGGUGGGCAGCCGCCGAGUUGUGCAGUAUGGUGCAGGCAUCAUGCUAAUCCUGGGUGCCAUUGGCAAGUUCACAGCCCUCUUUGCCUCACUCCCAGACCCCAUCCUGGGAGGAAUGUUCUGCACUCUUUUUGGUAUGAUCACCGCCGUGGGACUGUCCAACCUGCAGUUUGUGGACAUGAACUCCUCUCGAAACCUCUUUGUAUUGGGAUUCUCUAUGUUCUUUGGCCUCACGCUGCCCAAUUACCUGGAUUCCAACCCAGGCGCCAUCAACACAGGCGUUCCUGAGGUGGAUCAGAUCCUAACUGUGCUGCUGACCACGGAGAUGUUUGUUGGCGGGUGCCUUGCUUUCAUACUGGACAACACAGUGCCAGGGAGCCCAGAGGAAAGAGGCCUGAUACAGUGGAAAGCUGGAGCCCAUGCCAACAGUGACAUGUCAGCCAGUCUGAAGAGCUAUGAUUUCCCCUUUGGGAUGGGCAUGGUAAAAAGGACUGCCUUUUUCAGAUACAUUCCUAUCUGCCCAGUCUUCAGAGGGUUUUCUAAAAAGUCAAAAACUCAGCCUCCAGUUCUGGAAGACACUCCAAACACCACAGAAACUGGGUCUGUGUGCACCAAGGUCUGA